AUUUGGACACCUUAUACUAUAGAUUGUGAAUAUUGUUUUUUUUUUUUUUUUUUUUGGUUUUUGUUUUAUUUUUUUAAUACUGUCAUUGUCGCAGGAAAUAUUUCUGCACAUUUACUAUUGGCAACACCUGCAAGCCUGAGACUUGUUUACACGUUUCCACCUUGGAUAUUUCUGGUUUCUUUUUUUUUUUUCUUCUUCUUCUUUUUUGUGUCGCCAGUGCUUCGCGAAGAGGAUUUGGACAUUUUCGAGAGGAAAUGCGCCGGAAUUCUCACGAAGAGCGCUAAUAAAUGAGCGAUCACCAAGGAGCGUUUCUGUCUACAACACCGGUCAAAUCCAAGAGAAAAGACAGAUUGUUGCGAGGAUUGGUGCGGGAUAUGAUGGACCGUCAGUUCUGACAAAGAAGUUUUCAGAAGGAGAAGAAAGAUUUAUGCGUUUUUUCUACAAACAGCCACGCGUUUUGGCACUUUGGACCGCGCGUAAAGCAACGAGAGGACAGCGACAACUUGGACUAAAUUUAAGCUAAAACGUCACUGCUGUAUACGCUAUUUAAAAAUAAGAAUAAUAAAAUUGCGUUAGCUUUAUUUUGUGCUGAACAAUCACAGAUACAUUCUUCUUCUCUGCGGCACAUGCUAUAGCCGAUUUCGUAUAUGAGUUUUUCAAUUUGUGUGGCUCAGUGCACAGACUCUUUAGCGGCUACUAUGGACGACCAAGCCCGGAUCAUGCAGUCGAUCGGCGGUGUCAGUCUGGCUGGCCACUCGGUGCAAGGAGGCAUGGCACUGCCGCCUCCACAUGGACACGAUGGGACAGACGGAGACGGAAGAAAGCAAGACAUUGGUGACAUUCUGCAUCAAAUAAUGACCAUAACUGAUCAAAGUCUGGACGAGGCGCAAGCAAAAAACAGGAAACAUGGACUGAACUGUCACAGAAUGAAACCAGCACUCUUCAGCGUUCUCUGUGAAAUCAAAGAAAAAACAGGUCUCAGCAUCCGCGGUGCCCAGGAGGAAGACCCUCCAGACCCCCAGCUCAUGCGUUUAGACAACAUGCUGCUGGCAGAGGGAGUGGCAGGACCAGAGAAAGGUGGUGGAUCUGCCGCCGCUGCAGCUGCCGCCGCGGCCUCAGGCGGGGCAGCCGACAACUCCAUCGAACAUUCCGACUACAGAGCCAAACUCACCCAGAUCAGACAGAUCUACCACACAGAGCUAGAGAAAUAUGAACAGGCAUGUAACGAGUUCACUACCCAUGUGAUGAACCUGCUGAGGGAACAAUCUCGCACGCGACCCAUCUCGCCCAAAGAGAUCGAACGCAUGGUGGGAAUAAUCCACCGCAAAUUCAGCUCCAUCCAGAUGCAACUGAAGCAGAGCACCUGUGAGGCUGUCAUGAUCCUGCGCUCCAGAUUCCUUGAUGCCAGGCGGAAAAGGCGAAACUUCAGCAAGCAGGCAACGGAAAUUUUGAACGAAUAUUUCUACUCACACCUCAGCAACCCCUAUCCGAGCGAGGAAGCUAAAGAGGAGCUGGCCAAGAAAUGCAGCAUCACUGUUUCCCAGGGGGUGGGAAGCACCAUCACAGUAUCACAGGUUUCCAACUGGUUUGGCAACAAAAGGAUCCGGUACAAGAAAAACAUCGGCAAGUUUCAGGAAGAAGCCAACCUGUAUGCUGCCAAGACUGCUGUAAAUGCAGCACACGCUGCAGCCGCUGCAGUGCAGAACAGCCAGGCCAACUCCCCUACCACUCCUAACUCCGGAUUCCAGAUGAAAGAUGAAGAGUUUCAGCUGGAUUCUGCAGAGAGCAAAAACACUCUUUUAAGCAACAUGUUUACUGGUUCUUCAGGUUCUUUUAGCCUCCCAAACUCUGGGGACAUGUUCUUGAGCAUGCAGAGUCUGAAUGGGGAUUCUUACCAAGGGGCACAAGUCGGAGCCAAUGUACAGUCACAGGUGGAUACCCUGCGCCAUGUUAUCAGUCAGACGGCAGGAUACAAUGAUGCUCUGGGAGGAAACACCAUGUAUAGUCCACAUGGCUUAAAUGCUAAUGGAGGAUGGCAAGAUGCAACAACUCCGUCUUCUGUAAUAUCUCCGACAGAGGGACCUGGAAGUGUGCACUCUGAUACCUCGAAUUGAUCUGGUAUAAAUGCAUCUUCGCCUCAUGCUGGGCAUGGACUUUUCAACUUGCUGACCAAAAGCAGAAGAUCUAAAAGAAAAAAAAAUCACUUCUCCCAAUGGAUUGGUUUUCCUAUACCUUAAAUUCCCCACGACCAUGCCGCACACAUGCAAAUGACAUCCUCCAUUAUGAACACAAAGUGUUUCCUGUCUGCUCAUUGUUUUCUUUCUGUCUUUAUAAAUCAAGUGUUAUGACCAUAUUUUUAUUUGUUUGUUGUAGGGAUAAAUACAUAGACAUGUACAAAUACAAACAGCCCUUAAUUGGUACUCAGUAAACUUUCAGGAUACUGAAUACUGAAUGACAUUUUAUGACAGUUCAAAUGCCCAUUUGCUUAAUUCUUGAUUUGAUUGCUACUCUCAAUUUUGAUAAUUGGGUUCUCUUUCAGCUCUUACAAUUAACACAGCUGUUUCUUUGACUCUAAUGUGCUCGCAGUCUUGUCCGGCAACUCGACAAUGCUGCUGCUGACAGCUCAGUGGCAGCUUUGUAGUUACUUUCAAGAUUUAUUUUUGCCUUACAGCUGUAUACAUUAGAAAAAGGAAAUGACUAUUCAAACUCUGGAACAUAAAGAAGUGUAAUUGAUUGCUUGACUUUAACAUGACACUACUCCAUAUUUUAUAAUUUGCUGUUUUGUUGUACAUAUGUAAGCAUUUUUCUUUUUCUUUUUUAUACUGCUUAUGAAAUCAAGAAACCACCCCCCAAACACACACCCACACGGUAGAUCAUUCCAUCAUGACAUGCAAGAACCGGCCCCAUUAUACAGGAAAAGUUGUACAUAAUAUAGCUUAAGAGUAAUUAUACACCCCACCAAUCAAUAAACAGCUUUAUUACCUCAUUCAUAGAAAGCAAUCAUUUCCAACAUUUCUGUAGCUUAGAGUGCUCACUUACUACCUCUAAACAACAUCACCACCAUAUUUUCUUUUGCCCAUUAUUUGAUGAUUUUAUGUAGUUAUUUUGAUUACAUCCCGAAACACUGCAAACUCUUCAUUAUCUAUGUAAUCUAAUGUAUAUUUUAAUCUUUUAAUAAAAUUAUGUUGCUGUUGUGCAACUUAAAAUGAAAAAAAUAAUUAAAAAAGAACAAAACAUGAAAAUGAUUACAAUAUUAAUACCAUGGAAAAUGGACGGGGAAAAGGGUUAUAGAUGAUGUUGGCGUGUGGCUUUUACGAAGGGGUUGGGGCGCAAUGAAUAUUGUUGAUAAAUAAACACCGAACAGUAAAACUGUUGUAAAUAAUGAGGGGAAAAAAAGAACAUUUUGAAUGUUGCUCAUCUUGUUACUAAAUCAUUCAAAAAAAGGAAAAAAAAAAAAAAAAAAAAACACUAUAAAAACUGUAAUGCAUAGAGGUUUCAGUAUUCAGAACUGUAAAUUUCCAGCUCUGUUCAACAGGGUUCAAGACUUCUUUUUCUCUUUUUUCUAUUGUAUGUGAUUCUGAAACUGAAAAUUCAUGACAAAUGAUUUGUGGCAGUGAUUCUAAUGUAUUAAAGAUGUUUAGUGUUACUUUCUAACCAGACUACACCCUGGACAGAAAAGUCUUCCUCGUGGUAGUUGUGUAAUUUCCAACAUGAAUAAACCUUUUGCUUUCAUGACA